GAUGCUGAGCCUUCGGGGAAGAAGCGGCUGACACCCGUGGCCCGGAAGCUCCUGGCGGAGUCACGGGCCGGGGGUGGGGGGUCGGGACUCGGGCCACCGCUUUGACAUCUGUGCUUGGCUACGGCUGCCCGUUUCGUGGCUGCCGUUGCUCGCACACAGCCCUGGGAGCGUUCCGGGGAGACAGUGAGUGGAACGGCUGAAAGUUGGUCAGUUUUGUCUGCUGCAGUGGAGUCUGGCGGGGAAGGGAGAGGGUGGAGCUGCGUGUGGUUGAGCACAGUGUGUGUCUAGCAUCUGGGUUCCGUCCCCACGGAGCCCGCCUGUUAUUCCAGCACUUGGGAGGUGGAGGAAGGAAGGAAGAUGCUAAGUUCGGGGUCAGCCUUCUCGGCUCCAUUGCAAGCUUGAAGUCGGCCUGCGCUACGUGAGACUUGUCGCAAAAGAACUGAAGGAUGGGGAGUUGUUUGGCGGUUUUGACCUGGACGCCUUAGGCAUUAAAAAGACCUAGCACCCAGGCUGCCAGAAGGAAGAUGUUCACAGAUGUCGAUCUGUGUGUGAAGGAGAAAAGGAGGAAAUGAGUUUGGAUUGCUAUUCUAGUAUACCAUGCGAGACGCUCAUGCACGAGUGAGGCUAAAACACUGGAGUGGUGAACAGCCCGCAGUAUGUAUUAAAGGAUCGAACGUGGGCGAAAGAAGAAACAAGAGUGACGUCGAAGAAUUCUGGUUUGGGCAACCGGAAGGCGGUGGUGUAGGGAACACGGGAACCGAAGCAGAUUUUAGGGAGAAGAGACGGAAUUGUGGUUUUUGUGUGUUAAUCCAAGAUGACUCCUAGCCUAAUGCCACUCGAAGUUCAGCUCCUUUAAGUGUGGUUGCUGCCUGUCUGUAAUGAGCAAUGGGCCACUUUUGCUCGAAUAUGGUAUCUCUUAGAUGGCAAGAUGCAGCCCCCUGGCAAACUUGCAGCUAUAGCAUCAAAAAAGCUUCAAGGACUACAUAAACCAGUGUACCACCAGCUGAGUGACUGUGGAGAUCAUGUUGUCAUAAUAAACACAAGACAUAUUGCAUUUUCUGGAAACAAGUGGGAACAAAAAGUGUACUCCUCACAUACUGGCUACCCAGGUGGGUUUCGACAAGUAACAGCUGCACAACUGCAUCUGAAGGACCCAGUGGCG